GUGACGUGCUCCUUGCUUGGAAAUGACAGGUAACCUAAAAAUAUUUUUGAAUCAAAUAAUAGCAAAAGUUGCGCCAGGAUUUCGGUGCAAAUAUUAAAAGAAAAUAAGCUGCGUCAGCCGAAGCUUUUGCCAUGGCAGAUCGGGAACAUGCCAAGCUGGAAGAACGCACGAGUAAAGCGGAAAAAGAAGCCUCAGCCAUUGAAGAAGAAUUAAACAAGCUGGCUAAGGGUGACUUGAGCUUCGUCGGUGAUGAACGACUUGAUAAGUUAGCCUCAGAAAAUGAAAAACUAAAGCAUCGUUUGGAAGUUCUUGAAAAUGCAAUCAAAGCUGAAAGUUCUUCAAAAGCAGUCAAGAAGGAGCCACGAAAAAGGCCGUCUUUGAUAACCGAUAUCAACUCGGUCGAAAGCAACUUCUGUAUAUUGGAGGAAUUGAAAAACAUAUUCGAAGUGGCCAUAGGUUCGGCAUAUCCAGAUCUUGAAGACCCACCUAUAAUAAUAACUUUAUCUGGAAAUAAUCCCAAGUUUGGUGAUUACCAGUGCAACUCUUCCAUGGCUAUAGCCCAACUACUGAAAGCUAAAAACGUAAAGACUAACCCAAGGGAAGUGGCUAACAACAUUCUCAAUAAAACUCCCACUUCACCUCUUAUAGAAAAGAUAGAAGUAGCUGGAGCAGGCUUCCUCAAUAUCUACCUCAACAAGUCAUUAGUAGAACAUGUACUUAAUUCCAUUUUCCGCUUUGGCAUUAAGCCACCACCUGUCAAGCGGGAGAGGGUGAUAGUUGACUUCUCAUCUCCUAAUAUUGCUAAGGAGAUGCAUGUGGGGCAUCUUCGGUCAACUAUUAUUGGUGACAGCAUCUGCCGGCUGCUGGAGUUCCUGGAGCAUGAUGUACUCCGGAUCAACCACCUUGGGGACUGGGGCACACAGUUUGGCAUGCUCAUAGCUCACCUUCAAGAUAAGUUCCCAAAUUACAAAACUCAUUCCCCUCCAAUCUCUGAUUUGCAAGCAUUCUACAAGGAAUCCAAGAAGAGGUUUGAUGAAGAUGAAGUGUUCAAGAAGCGAGCCUAUGCCUGUGUAGUAAAGCUACAGUCAGGAGACCCUGACUACAUAGCAGCAUGGAAGAAAAUCUGUGAAGUCUCCCGACUAGAGUUCCAGAAGAUUUAUGACCACCUUGAUAUAAAAAUCAUAGACAGGGGAGAAUCUUUCUAUCAAGACAGAAUGGUGGCUACAGUUAAGUAUUUAAAAGAAAAUGGGUAUUUGGAGGAAGAUGAAGGCCGGUACAUCAUGUGGGGUAAUCCUGAUACUCAUGAAGGCAUCCCGCUGACAAUAGUCAAGUCAGAUGGUGGGUACACUUAUGAUACAUCUGACAUGGCCACAAUCAGACAAAGGGUUGAAGAGGAGAAGGGCGACCGGUUCAUCUAUGUGGCAGAUGCUGGGCAGCACACACACUUUGUGACUAUUGAAGCAUGUGCAAAGAGAGCCGGGAUCCUCAAACCACACCAGAAGGUGGAAAAUGUUGUAUUCGGAGUUGUGCUAGGAGAAGACAAGAAGAAAUUUAAGACAAGGUCUGGAGACACAAUUAAAUUAAUUGAUCUGAUUGAGGAGGGACUGAAAAGGUCAUUGGAGAAGCUGGUUGAGAAAGGUCGGGACAAGGUGCUGAGCCCAGAAGAGUUGGAGAAAGCACAAAAAGCUGUAGCAUAUGGCUGCAUCAAAUAUGCAGACCUCUCCCACAAUAGGGUGAAUGACUAUGUAUUUUCGUUUGACAAAAUGUUGGAUGAUAAAGGUAACACAGCAGUGUACCUGUUGUAUGCUCUGACUCGCAUCAGGUCCAUCGCGAGGACGGCCCAGAUCUCAGAGGAAGCCUUGCUGGCUGAGGCCAAGAAAACAGGCUUCAAACUGACACAUGAAGCAGAGUGGAAACUGGGAAAAGUACUGUUGAGAUUGCCAGAAGUAAUUUUGAAAGUAGCCAAUGAUUUAUAUUUGCACAGUUUGUGUGAAUAUUUGUAUGAGAUAUCAUCAGCGUUCACCGAGUUCUAUGACAAGUGCUACUGUGUGGAGAAGGACAAGGACGGCAAGAUCGUGAAGAUUUACUACGAGCGGCUGAUGCUCUGCGAGGUCACCGCCCGCCUCAUGGAGAAAUGCCUAGACAUUUUAGGCAUCAAGACAGUAUCCAAAAUGUAAAUUUCAUAUUCUUUUUCUAUUGUGUUUGACUAACAUCACUUAUUAUUUACUCCUUCAUUACCUACAUAUUUCUAUCAUCAUUAAAAGUAAUUUAAUUACCUAAGUAAAGUCGGUGUGUAAGUAUGUAUGUAACUAUCUUUAAUAAAUAUUUAUAAUGAAACAA